CUGCCUAAAAAAGUGUUCAAGGCAAGAGUUCCUUUUUGAUGGUGCCAGUGAUAAUACCCUUCCCUUCGCCUACAGCCCAAUGACAGAGAAUAACAUCACGAGACUCAAGACGCGUCGACCAUCUGAAGGAAAAAAGGGAGAUUGCAGAAAAUUCAAAGCGUGUAGCACAAUGUACAACUUUGCAUGCCAUGGACUUCUCUCGAGAUUGCUUGGAACAAAUGCAUCUGGAAAGGCGAUGAUCAUAUUUUUGCUCACAUCCAUCCAAUUGGCGAGAAACUGA